AGAUGUAUAUAUCAGUAACAUCGAGGAAACUUAGUUCGUACCGAUAUAUUUUGUCAUCAGCUGAAGACCGGGAUCCCGCCUGGUAGUGCUUUCUCGCUCGUAGCACGCCAUCUUUGCAGCGCCUGUGAGAUAAACAAUUAGCCUGAUAUUUUGUUGCUGCUCGGAGGCAGUUUCAUCUAAAUCGUGUCAUCGGCGUUUGUUGUUUUUUACCGUACGAGCUAUCGCUUGCCGAGCUGUUUCGAUAGCUAGUUUGGCAACCGGUGAUAGGCGUCUCUCUCCGGGUUGUCCGGCCGAAGGGGAAUUUCAUCUCGCCGUAUUCCUGUCGUUAGUAUCAUUAGUGUUACAUAAUGUGGCGGUAAGCUGUUGAUGUAGCUUGAUACAGGUCUGUUUUUUUGUUUUGUUUUUUUGUUUUUGUUUUUUUAAUAAAACAAUACGCCUUUGUCGCUCACGCCCGUUACAAACUUCAGGGUAGCAGUUGUUAUAUCUUACAAUGGGAAUCAACAGGAUCUACAUUAGCAUUGGUUAUGCUAGCUUUGGUACCCUGGUUGGACUUUCGGCUUUCUUGGUCUGGAAUAUUGCUUAUAAACAGCCAUGGACGGCGGCCAUGGGAGGCCUGUCGGGAGUUUUAGCGCUCUGGGCUCUUGUCACACACAUCAUGUACCUCCAGGACUACUGGCGCACCUGGCUCAAAGGCCUCAGAUUCUUCAUCGCUGUGGGUGUGCUCUUCUCAGUUUUGGCAGUGGCCGCCUUCAUCACCUUCCUCACUCUGGCCAUCACACAGAAGCAAUCCCCCACUGACCCGAGGAGCCUCUACCUCUCUUGUGUGUGGAGCUUCCUGACUCUCAAAUGGUCCUUCCUCUUGGCCUUGUACUCAUACAGAUACCGCCAGGAGUUUGCAGAUAUCAGCAUCCUCAGUGAUUUCUAGUCAACACUUAUUUUAUAGACUGUGAUGGACUUUGAGGGGUUGCUAGCAGGAGCUGGUCGAAGAGCUUUUGUAACAAAGAGGAAGAAAACCAGACAUGGCUAGAUUAUGAAGUCAUCUGACCUUUACCACAUGGAGCUACACUUGUUACCCUCGCUUAACAAAUUCUGUAUUUGUAUCGUAAAUCGUUCUCCUACUUUAAAUGACCUACACAUUAUAUUCCUGUUGUAGUCAUUAGUCUAAACCUCUGAAGCCUGGAACCGCUUUUGAGUAAAUUGCUCGAGGCUAUUUAUGAAGAGACAGGCCGGUGGAGUUUGAGACAGAUUUUAUUUCAGGAUUGUUAAAAAUUAAAAAAACAAAACAAAACAAAAAAACCCCCACGCACACACACACACACACACACACACACAAAACCAAUAUUGAAAUGGAAAUCUCCACCAUAACAGGUUUUAAUCCGAUGAUUAGUUGUUAAAAGGAAAAUGAAAAUACUCUCAAAGCUAAAAUCCUCAGAGCCAAAACUAAAUCAACCCACCUGAAACCGCUCUAAUAAUAGUAGGUUGACAGUGUAUGUUCUUGAUUGUUUUUACCCAAAUGAGCUUUUUUCAUAGCUGCAGUUCUGAACCACAGAAUGUUCAUAUCCCCAGACCGUCACGGUCUUAGUGUCUGCAAAGUGAGUCCUUUAGCUCCAUUCAUCAUCAGUGAAGCAAUUUGAGGAAGUGUUUCUUUUUUAAAUUCAACCACUGAUUUUAAUAGUUGUACUCUCAUUUACAGCUUUUUAAAGAUACUUGUUAAUAUACGAUCUCAAGGAGGAAAGUGUACUUUAUUUCUCACUUCAUAUUCUGUUUUUCCAUUCAUUACAACCGGGCGUUGGAGUUGUAUGGUAUAUCAUGCCCAAAGAAAAAGCAUUCCUGUGGAAUUUGAGCUUUUCACCUUUUGUUCCACCAGGGGGCAGACUUGCUUUUUUCUGUCAAGAGUCCACAGAGAUUCCUCUUCAGAGGAAAAAAAAAAACAAAUAGAUUUGAUAAACAAUUGCACUUUAGUCUUUGAUAUUGAUGCCAUUGUUUGCACACAAAUCCUGAAACAAUGUAAAAAAAAAAA